AUGGCAGCUGAUCAGAAUGGCCAUGAGGAGUGGGUGGGCAGUGCAUACCUGUUUUUGGAGUCUUCGAUGGACAAAGUGGUCCUAUCUGAAGCCUACACAGAUCCCAAGAAGAAAGUGGCAAUCUACAAGGCUCUGCAGGCUGCAUUGUCAGAGAGUGGGGACAGCCCCGACGUACUGCAGAUACUCAAGAUCCACUGCAGCGACCCUCAGCUCAUCGUUCAGUUGCGUUUCUGCGGGCGCCUGCUAUGCGGCCGCUUUCUCCAAGCCUACCGCGAGGGGGCGCUGCGCACCGCACUGCAGAGGUGCAUGGCCGCGGCGCUUGCCCAGGAAGCAGUGCGGUUGCAACUGGAGUUGCGUGCUGGUGCGGAGCAGCUGGACAGUUGGCUGACCGACGAAGAGCGCUGUUUGAAUUACAUCUUAGCCCAGAAGCCCGACCGGCUCAGGGACGAAGAACUCGCGGAGCUGGAGGAUGAGUUCUGCAAACUGACGUGUGACUCCACUGGCCAGGGUGGAGCCACACAGGUAGCUCCAGCAGGUUCGAAGUCCCUGGUUUCCUCUCCGGCCGAGGAGAAGCCACUGCCGGCCGCCGGCCAGACUUUUCUGUUCCAUGGUCAGCUCAUAGGUGAGGUUCACCAGCAGAAGCGGGGUCACCAGCAGUGAACCGGCCACUGAAUCUGCAAGACCAGCAGACAUUCGCGCGCUCAGUGGGCCUCAAGUGGCGCAGGGUAGGGCGCUCGCUGCAGCGUAGCUGUCGAGCACUGAGGGAUCCUGCCCUCGACUCGCUGGCCUAUGAGUAUGAGCGUGAUGGGCUAUAUGAGCAGGCCUUCCAGCUGCUGCGCCGUUUCAUACAAGCCGAGGGCCGCCGUGCCACACUGCAACGCCUAGUGGAGGCGCUGGAGGAGAACGAGCUCACUAGUCUAGCAGAAGAUCUGCUAGGCCAGGCGGAGCCGGAAGGCGGCCAGGCUUAAGUCUAGUACUGUGGGAAAGGGCCACUGGUCAACCAGUUCAGCCAGUGUUUGGAACCCACUGGGGACUGUUGGGGUCCUUUUACUGCUGAUGUUGCUACUGCUGGCUAUUUGCCAUCCACUGGACUCGGAGAACGUACACACUCCCCUACCUAGCUGAGCUGCUGGAGUGAACUAACUGCCCCUCCCCCUCCCCAGGAGCCAGGCAAGCACCGCAGGGGUACAGAAAGAGGACUUCCUGCAGAAACUCACUAAGAAACUGGACCUUCUGAAACCUAGAUGUCAUUCAAGGUGCUACAAAAACUGUCACGAGCAGGAUGCACGAUUUUCCCUGCCCUUGGCUCAUUCUCAUCGUGGGACCUAAGUACUUGGCAGCGAUAAUAAAAUGUAACCCUUUUAUA